UUAAGCAAUGGAAGGAGUCGCAUACUAACGACAGUUCUUCUGACUCUAACUCUUCAGAUGAUUCCUCUGAUGGUGCGUUAUCCCAAUCAUGCACAAACGGGCCCCGAUAUUUCAUCCGAUUCAACGUAUGUUCCUGAGAUGUAUAAUUUAUUUUGCUCAUAAGUCAGCCUAAAGUUCAGGGGAUGAUGCAGGCAUGUAUGUCUUGUUAUUAUCAUGUAUUGCCGCCUCACGACCACAGAUUCAUCAUCAAGUGAAAGCGAGGGCGACAGUAAAAAAGGAACUCAGGCCUGUAAAAAGGUGCCUGAAACUCUCUCAUGUGGAGACCGCGAAACGAGUGCUACCCUGUCCUCUGAUGCCAAGGUUCCUGAAGUGAAGUCUAAAGUCACCAAAAAGAAACCUUCAGUCAAGGGAAGCUCGAGCUCAGGGUCUGAUUCUGAUUCUGAUGACUCCACGACUGAUUCUGCGUCCGACAAAAAGCUAGCCCGCAAAGGCACCCAAAAAAAGGAUCUUAAUUCAUCGGAUUCCAGCUCCAGCUCCUCUAGCUCCAACUCCAGUUCCUCUAGCUCCGACUCCAGUUCCUCUGACUCCGAGUCUACAUCGUCCGACUCCGAGUCCACUACCUCGAGUUCUGAGUCUGAGUCUGAAGCCGAGAUCACUCCCAUCUCUGGCAAGGUUCCUGUCGGACGUGGCGUCGCGUCCUCUAAAUCUAGGGCCAAUACGGGCGUCGCAUCAAUCCCCAAAGAGGAAAUGCAGGUAACAAAAAAGCGAAAGACAUCUGAGUCUGGAGCUGCUGUAGUCACUGCUGUAGUGUCAACACAUCCUACCGAUGAUGUGCAAGUUUCAGCGAAGGUCAGAAAUAUCCAGAAAAAUGGUAAUGGCAAACCCCCACGAAACGUGAAUGAGCGAUUUUCGAGGAUAAAACCCCAAAAUAUACCUGCGGAACAACUUCUAGACAACGGGUACGAAGCAAAGGGUGGCGUCACUAAUGACUAUGGCAAUCGUGCACACCAGGACUUGAUUGUCACGCGGGGUGCAGGAUUCAGGAAGGAGAAAAACAAGAAGAAGAGAGGUUCAUAUCGCGGUGGAGAAAUCACUUUGCAAAGUCACAGCAUCAAGUUCACAGAUUAGACACAUGUAUGGUCGGAUAUACAUCGCAUAAGUUACAUUCGCCUCUCCCCCCAUUUGCAUUCUCCUCACUCCUCACUAAUACACUAUGCCAAUCGCUUCACAUUCGUGCAACAUAGUAGUAAACCGUACGUAGCAGAUUACAUUAGGCGGAGUCGAUAUGGAAUAUAAGUCGGAUUUAAUCCGAUAUCGUUCUAUGUACUGGCUUUGAUUGUGC